AACGGCGUGUCUUAGGUGGAAUACUUGUUUAAGUGUGCGAGCCAUGCUGGUGCUCCUCUUCUUCAGUACAGUCCAGUCCUCAGCAUCCAAGUGGAGCAGACAGCAGCCCCUAUGUGUGGGAUGCACCUGUGGAGGCCGCAGCGUCACACAGGGACCACUGACCAAGGCACUUUUUUGAGUGGAAUUAUUCUCACAGACGUCCAGUAACACUUGGGCCAUUUUGUUGGAGCCCAGCUUUAUAGGAGCAAUGCUGAGCCUGCAGGAUUCUGUCUUUUUUGAGAUCAGCAUCAAAUCUCUGCUUAAGUCAUGGAGCAGCAGCUCCUCUACCCCAGUCAGCAGCAGCACCAGUAGACGCCGUGCACCCACCUCGGUCACUCCUGUGUCCUGGGACAAGCAGCACAUCGCCGCCAUGUCGAGCAUCACCAUCGACCCAGAGCUCAAACCGGGCGAGUUUGUCAUUAAGAGCCUGUUCGCAGAAUUUGCUGUGCUGGCGGAGAAGAAGAUCGAGAUGGUCAUGGCUGAACCACUGGAGAAGCCCCUUUCCCGAUCCCUUCAGAGAGGGGAAGAUGCACAAUUUGACCAGUUAAUAAGCUCUAUGAGCUCAAUAGCAGAGCACUGUUUGCCCUCCCUUCUGCGCACACUGUUCGACUGGUACCGGCGGCAGAGCGGCACUGAAGAUGAGUCUUACGAGUACAGGCCUCGUGCCAGCACCAAGUCCAAAGGUGAUGAACAGCAUCGGGACAAAGAUUACCUUUUGGAGCGGAGAGACUUAGCCAUAGAUUUCAUAUUUUGUUUAGUCUCUGUUGAAGUACUAAAACAGAUUCCUCUUCACCCAGUGCCAGAUGGUUUAGUACAUGAAGUCCUGAACCUGGCAUUUAAGCACUUUAAACAUAAAGAGGGUUAUUGUGGACCCAACACUGGCAAUGUGCACAUCAUUGCAGAUCUGUAUGCAGAGGUUAUCGGUGUCCUUACACAGUCAAAGUUUCAGGCUGUUAGAAAGAAAUUCAUCACAGAGUUGAAGGAGCUGAGGCAGAAGGAGCAGAGCCCAUACAUCGUCCAAAGCAUCAUCAGCCUAAUCAUGGGCAUGAAGUUCUUCCGGGUUAAAAUGUACCCCGUGGAGGAUUUUGAGGCAUCUUUUCAAUUUAUGCAGGAGUGUGCCCAGUAUUUCCUGGAGGUCAAGGAUAAAGACAUCAAGCAUGCAUUGGCCGGCCUUUUUGUCGAGAUCCUCAUCCCUGUGGCUGCUGCGGUGAAAAAUGAAGUGAAUGUACCAUGUCUAAAAAACUUUGUGGAGAUGCUUUAUCAGACGACGUUUGACCUUAGCUCUCGGAAGAAGCAUUCCUUGGCGCUGUAUCCCCUGGUGACUUGUCUGCUGUGUGUCAGUCAGAAGCAGUUCUUUCUCAACAACUGGCACAUUUUCCUUCAGAACUGCCUCUCGCACCUCAAGAACAAAGACCCCAAAAUGUCACGUGUAGCACUGGAGUCCCUCUACAGACUGCUGUGGGUUUACAUCAUCCGGAUCAAGUGUGAGAGCAACACAGUCACACAGAGUCGACUCCUCAGCAUCGUUUCAGCACUUUUCCCCAAAGGAUCCCGGAGUGUGGUGCCCAGAGACACUCCCCUCAACAUUUUUGUCAAAAUUAUUCAGUUUAUAGCUCAGGAAAGACUGGACUUUGCAAUGAAGGAGAUUAUCUACGAUCUCCUCUGUGUGGGCAAGUCUCACAAAACAUUCACCAUCAAUCCAGAGAGAAUGAACAUUGGUUUGCGAGCCUUCUUGGUCAUAGCAGACAGUUUACAGCAGAAAGAUGGAGAGCCCCCAAUGCCUACGACUGGGAUUAUCAUGCCCUCGGGCAAUACUUUGCGGGUCAAGAAGAUCUUCCUCAAUACCACACUCACAGAUGAAGAAGCAAAGGUUAUAGGGAUGUCACUCUACUAUCCUCAAGUCAGAAAGGCCCUGGACAACAUCCUGAGACAUCUGGACAAAGAAGUGGGGCGCUCUAUGAGUAUGACCAGUGUUCAACUGUCCAACAAGGAGCCAGAGGACAUGAUCACGGGAGAGAGGAAACCAAAGAUUGAUCUGUUUCGCACAUGUGUUGCUGCCAUUCCUCGACUAAUACCAGAUGGCAUGAACAGACAAGACCUCAUUGAGCUCCUUGCAAAGCUGACUAUACACAUGGAUGAGGAGCUCCGUGGACUUGCCUUCACUACUCUGCAGGCUCUCAUGGUAGACUUCCCAGAGUGGCGUGAGGACGUGCUCUCAGGGUUCGCUUACUUUAUCGUCCGGGAAGUGACCGACAUACACCCCUCUCUGUUGGACAACGCUGUAAAGAUGCUUCUACAGCUCAUCAGCCAAUGGAAACAAGCAGUGCAGAGUGGCAACAAGGGCCACGAUGCUCAGGUCAAAAGCUCAGGCAACAGACACUCCCUCUCCCUGGACCGGAGCAACCCUCUGGGAGUGCUGCAUGUGGUGGAGGGGCUUGCACUGGUGGUCCUCUGCAGCUGUAGACCAGCCACACGACGACUGGCUGUGAACGUGCUCAGAGAAGUUAGGGCGCUGCACACAACCCUGGGCAUCAGCAAGGGAGAUGAGGAGCUAGCCAUUGAUGUGAUGGACAGACUGAGCGCUCCAGUGUUGGAGAGUUUCAUUCACCUCACAGGAGCUGAUCAGACAAAUCUCCUGUACUGCCCUAGUGGCAUUGAUCUACAGACUCUAGCAGAGUGGACUUCAUCACCCAUCAGUCACCAGUUUGAUGUGAUCAGCCCCUCCCACAUUUGGAUAUUUGCUCAUGUUACUCAGGGCCAGGACCCCUGGGUUAUUAGCUUCUCCAGCUACCUGCGUCAGGAGCACCUGCCCAAACACUGUCCCACUGCCAUCAACUAUGCAUGGAUGUUUGCAUACACACGCCUGCAGCUACUGUCCCCACAAAUCGACAUAAACAGCCCCAUUAAUGCGAAGAAGGUGAACACUCUGAACAGCAGUGAUUCGUUUAUGGGUCUGUGGAGGAACUAUCUGAUCCUCUGCUGUAGCUCUGCCUCCUCCUGCUCCAUUAGCUCCUCCUCCUCCAGUUCCAGCUCCGUCCGCUGCUCCCCACCUGAGACGCUGGCGUCCACGCCGGACAGCGGUUUCAGCUAUGACUCAAAGAUUGUUGGUACUCCGUCCCCUUCCUCCUUAUUUAAACACAUUGUUCCCAUGAUGCGCUCUGAGAGUAUGGAAAUCACAGAGUCUCUGGUGUUGGGGCUUGGCAGGACCAACCCCAUGGUAUUUAGAGAGUUAAUGGAGGAGCUGCAUCCAUUCAUAAAAGAAGCUUUAGAGAGAAGGCCUGAAAACAUGAAGCGGCGCAGGCGCCGUGACAUCCUCAGGGUCCAGCUGGUCCGGAUAUUUGAGCUGCUGGCAGAUGCUGGUGUCAUCAGUCAGAUAGCCAGUGGAGGCUUAGACGCAGAGAGCCACUCUCUAAACAGUACGCUCCUUGAGUACGUUGAUCUGACCCGGCAGCUGCUUGAGGCGGAGAAUGACAAGGACUCAGACACUCUGAAGGACAUCCGCUGUCACUUCAGCGCACUCGUGGCAAACAUCAUCCAGAAUGUCCCAGUUCACCAAAGGAGGACCAUCUUCCCUCAGCAAUCUCUCAGACACAGUCUCUUCAUGUUGUUCAGUCAUUGGGCGGGACCCUUUAGCAUUAUGUUUACUCCUCUAGAUCGAUACAGUGACAGAAAUAUGCAGAUCAACCGCCACCAGUACUGUGCACUAAAGGCCAUGUCUGCCGUGUUGUGCUGUGGGCCUGUAGCAGACAAUGUUGGCCUCUCAUCUGAUGGCUACCUCUACAAAUGGCUCGAUAACAUCCUGGAUUCUCAGGACAAAAAGGUUCACCAGUUGGGAUGUGAGGCUGUUAUGCUGCUGCUUGAGCUGAACCCAGACCAGAGUAACCUGAUGUUCUGGGCUGUGGAUCGCUGUUAUACUGGCUCACGGCGAGUGGCUGCUGGCUGCUUCAAGGCCAUCGCAAACGUCUUUCACAACAGAGAUUACCAAUUUGACACUGUGGUGCUGCUUAACUUAAUUCUGUUCAAAGCAGCAGAUUCUUCCAGGGACAUCUAUGAGGUGGCCAUGCAGCUGUUACAGAUUUUGGAGCCUAAGCUCUUCCGUUAUGCUCACAAGUUGGAGAUCCAGCGGACAGAUGGCAUCCUGACACAUCCAUCAGCGCUGCCUCACCUUUACUCCGUGUCUUAUUACCAGCUGUCUGAAGAGCUUGCAAGGACAUACCCAGAGCUCACUCUACCUAUCUUCUCAGAAGUGAGCCAGCGGAUCCAGACAGCACACCCUGGUGGCCGCCAGGUAAUGUUGCACUACCUCCUGCCCUGGAUGAACAAUGUGGAGCUGGUUGAUUUCAAAUCUACUUCACGGCGCUCAGAGGACUGUGGGAGUGGAGAGGAUGACGAGGAAGUUCAGGAUCCAGAGAUCAUGAUGGUGAACAGCCGGCGCUGGCUCCACGGAGAAGGCUGGGGCUCACCGCGCGCCACAGCCAUGGUUCUCAACAACCUCAUGUUCAUGACCGCUAAGUAUGGAGAUGAGUUUGCUUGGUCGGAGAUUGAGAAUGUAUGGACCACAUUAGCGGACAGUUGGCCAAAGAACCUCAAAAUCAUUCUGCACUUCCUCAUCAGUAUGUCAGGAGUCAGCAGUGAGCCCAGCCUCCUGCCCUAUGUAAAGCGUGUGGUUGUUUACUUGGGCAGAGAUAAGACUAUGCAGUUGCUGGAGGAGUUGAUGAGCGAGUUGGACUUGACUGAGCCAGUGAGCUCAGCUGUCACUCACAUGGACAACCCUCCAUACUACCGCAUCACCUCCAGCUACAAGAUCCCUUCAGUCAUCUCAGGAUCAACAUCCAGCAGCAAUACAAUGGUGCCAGGAACAGAUGGACAUCAUGACAGCAAGAUAAAGGACUCAAAUAUGGAGGACAGUUACACCCACCUGGAGAUCUAUGGAGGUCUGAACAGUAAUCUGACUCGACAGCACCACCGUCUGGAGUCUCGCUACAGCAGUAGCUCCGGAGGCUCUUAUGAAGAAGAGAAGAGUGACUCAAUGCCACUUUAUGCUAACUGGCGUUUGAAAGUGAUGGAGCACAAUCAACCUGAGCCACUUCCCUUUCCACCCACUGGGGGCUGCUGGUCUCCCUUGGUUGACUAUCUCCCAGAGACCAACGCCCCUGCAGUAACGCUGCACAGAUGCAACAUUGCUGUCAUCCUACUGACAGACCUCAUUGUGGACCACGGUGUCAAAGUGGAAUGGAGCGCAUAUCUGCACCUUUUGCUUCAUGCCAUUUUUAUUGGUUUUGAUCAUCAGCACCCAGAAGUCUAUGAGCACUGCAAGCGUCUGCUCCUCCAUCUUCUCGUGGUCCAGGGGGCCAACAGCAGUGUCCAGUCAGUGGCAAUGGUGCUUUUACGAAACCGCGAGUUCAACGAGCCACGGGUUCUGACUGUGAAACCUGCUACUUCAGAAUACAACCUCACAGGAGUGCAAGACUCAGUACCAGUUGACUGUCACCCGUCCCCGAUGACAGACUCUGGCCUCAGCACCAGUUCCACCUCUUCCAGUAUCAGCCUUGGGGCUGGGUCAAGCGCUCUGUCUCAACUGUCUCCUUCAUUCCUCAGUGAAGUAAAUGCUACAGCUGAACAGGAUGAGAAAGUCAAAGCUCUCAUUGAAUUCAUUACAACAAGGAAACGCGGUCCAUUGUGGAACCACGAAGAUGUUUCUCCAAAGAACCCCAACAUCAAAAGUGCUGAUCAACUCUGUGUUUUUGCCAGACAUGUUGUUACUGUCUUCAAGCAUUCCCAGUCAGGUGACCAGUUGGAGUCAUUGUUGAGUGAAGUAGCUUUACAAACAGCUUUGUCUUGCUCAUCCCGUCACUAUGCCGGACGCUCAUUCCAAAUUUUCAGAGCUCUCAAACAACCUCUCACCCCUGCGACGCUCUCUGACAUUCUGUCUCGACUGGUAGAGACUGUAGGAGAACCUGGAGAGGAGGCGCAGGGGUUUGUCAUUGAACUGCUGCUUACCCUCGAGGCAGGCAUUGACACGCUAGCGGACACACUCAAGAAUUAUGACCUCCUCACUGCUUUAGCACAGACGCCCACACGUGAGCACUUGCUUGGCACCAAAUUUGCUGCAAACCGGAAAAGUACGGGCCAGCUAAACUUGAACACUGGUGGUCUGUAUAGUUAUGUUCAUGCCCGCAGUAACUCUCUCCGUGCCAGCCUGAUGGGAGAAAGAAAAGGUGAUAAGCGACGAAGUAACACACUAGAUGUUGCUGACCGCCUCAGUGGAAGCCAUGGCAAUCUUGCACGAACUCGGAGCUUAUCAUCUUUACGGGAGGGCGGAGGAGGGGGUCCCACUGUGGACUCUAUGCCGAUUGUUGACCCUUCAAAUCUGAUGGCCACCAUGUUCUGGAUAGCCACAUCUCUGCUGGAGUCAGACUAUGAAUUUGAGUACCUUCUCGCCCUGCGAUUACUCAACAAGCUCCUGGGACAUCUACCCCUGGAUAAAGCCGACAGCAGGGAGCGAUUGGAGAGGGUUCUGGCCAAACUCAAGUGGUACAGUUUCCCUGGGCUCCUGCAGCUCUUCUUGAAGGGCUUCACCUCCGCAUCCACUCAGGAGCUCACCAUCCACCUGCUCAGCAAACUCAUCAGUGUGUCCAGGCACACACUGGUGGACCCCUCACAAGGAGCUGGUUUCCCUUUAAAUAUUUUGUGCCUCCUGCCACACCUCAUUCAGCACUUUGACAGCCCGACUCCAUUUUGUAAGGACACGGCUGAUAGAAUAGCCAAGGUUUGCACCGAUGAGAAGUCUGAUGCUUUGGCCAAUCUGGCACACAUGAUGACGCUCUACAGGAAACAAAACUACUCUCGGGACUGCACCAACUGGAUCAAUGUGGUCUGCCGCUACCUCCACAUGGCCUUUGCCGAUAUAACCCUGAAUCUUGUUACUUAUUUGGCUGAGUUGCUGGAGAAGGGCCUUCCCAGCAUGCAACAGUCAUUGUUACAGAUCAUCUACAGCCUGCUGAAUUAUAUUGAGCUGUCAGCAGCCCCUGUCAAACAGUUCAACCUGGAAAUCAUGAAGAUCAUUGGCAAAUAUAUUCAGAGCCCACAUUGGAAAGAGGCGCAGAACAUCCUGAAACUGGUGGUGUCCCGCUCUGCCAGCCUCGUUGUCCCUGAUGACGUGCAGCGCUCCUACAGCACUGAAUCAUGUGGCUCUCCUGAAAUCUCUUUCACACGCAUUUUUAAUAACUCGUCCAAAGAGCUACCAGGGAAAACUCUGGACUUCCACUUUGAUAUCUCAGAGACACCAAUCAUAGGGCAUAAGUAUGGGGACCAGCGCACAGCAGCGGGCCGUAAUGGAAAGCCUCAGGUCAUUGCAGUAACUAGAAGUACCUCAUCCACAUCGUCUGGAUCUAACUCUAACGGCCUGGUGCCAGUCAGCUGGAAGAGGCCUCAACUCUCUCAGAGACGAACUAGAGAGAAGCUCAUGAAUGUCUUGUCUCUGUGUGGUCCUGAAUCGGGUGUUGCGAAAAAUCCUUCCGUGGUGUUUUCGUCCAAUGAGGACCUUGACACCGGGGACCAGCAGACCAGCCUCAUACCCACUGUGGAGGAGGUGGUCCGGGAAGAGGAUGUGCAGGGAGAAGACACAGGAAGUGAGCAACAGUUUGGGGUCUUCAAGGACUUCGACUUCCUGGAUGUAGAGUUGGAAGAUGCUGAGGGAGAGAGCAUGGACAACUUCAACUGGGGCGUCCGGCGGCGCUCCUUAGAAAGUAUGGACAAAGGGGACGGAGAUGGGGACACUCCAUCCUUGCAGGAGUGCCAGUAUUCGGGCAGCACGCCAAGCCUAAACCUCACCAACCAUGAAGACACGGACGAAUCGUCAGAGGAGGAGGUAUUGAGCGCUAGCCAGAUUCUCAACCGCACUCGUCUUCUCAACAGUGACUCUACCACAGACGAUACGGCCUCCAACCACGUGGACUCCCUCCAGCAGUCACAAGAGUCGUCCACCAGUGCCCUGACAGAGGAGCACCCUGUCCUGCCCUCCUCUUUACCCUCCCUCCCUCAUCUGGAUAGCCCCUCACUCCAACACCUGGAUAGCCCCAUGUUGGAGAGGGCCCACUCAGACAGCACCAGCAGCCAGCUGCCUGAGGAUGCUGUGAGUGUGACCGCGGCGGACGAGUUCAGCAGCAGUGUCAGUGAAGAUACAGGGUUUUGUAGUGCCCCUCCUCUGCCCCCAGAUCUCUCUGACCCCCAUGACCCGACAGAUGGUCAGGACAUGGACGACGCACAGGAGGAUGUUCCAGAGGUGCUAGAGGUCCAGGAGGAGGUACUGGAGGUCCUGGAAGAAAUUUUGGAGGUGCAGGAGGAAGUGUUGGACCCUCAGGUGGAGUUGGACCCCGCCCCCCCUCCUCCACCCGCCAUAGACACGCCCCCAGGUUCUCUCUGUGAGGAGGUGCUGCCCCUCCCCCCUGAGGCUAAACCCGACCAGAAGCAGGACCCGGACAGCACCUGUGGGUCUAUGUGGGAGGAGGAUGUGACCCAGGCCCUGAAGGAGCUGGAUGAGCGCUGUGAAGAGGAGGGGGGCGAUUUCUCUGGGAUGUCCAGUCAGGAUGAAGGUGACGCAGACUGUUUCCCAGAGGUUCAGGCCUCUCCACCGCCGUCUCCCUUCCUGUCAGCCAUAUUGGCUGCCUUCCAGCCUGUUGCCUAUGACAACGAGGAGGAUGCCUGGCGUUGCCAUGUCAACCAGAUGUUGUCCGAUUCCGAUGGCUCCUGCGCAGUAUACACGUUCCACGUGUUCUCCAGGCUCUUCCAGAAUAUCCAGAGGAAGUUUGGCUCCAUCACCCAUGCAUCAGUGCGUUUUCUGGGUGAGCGGCUGCAACGGAUGGGGAACCAAUUUCUCAGCUCCCUGGAGGUGAUGACGUCACACUCCCAGUGCCCCACUGUGCUGCUGGAUGCUGAGACGCUGGUGUCCUGUGGUCUGCUGGAAACUCUGAAGUUCAGUGUGCUGGAGCUGCAGGAGCACCUGGAUACAUACAACAACAAGAGAGAGGCAGCUGAGAUUUGGCUGGACAACUGUAGGAACACUUUUGGAGACAAAGACAGUAGCCAAAGAUCCAACACACAUGCACAGGAGCUGGAGCUGUGUCGGCGCCUGUACAAACUGCACUUCCAGUUGCUGCUGCUGUUUCAGGCCUACUGUAAACUCAUCAGCCGCGUGGAUACCAUCAAGAGAGAGGCUGAGGUUACUAACAUGUCUGAGGAGCUGAGCCUGCUGGAGAGCUGUCUAAAGGAGGCAGAGUUGGGGACAGAUGUUCAGGAAGACGUGUGUAUGUCGGACCACGCUCAUACCAGCACCGAGACCGCCAUCCAGUCCCUGAUCGAGACACUGAGAGCACGGGACUUCAGCUCCGCCCUCACACAGGUCAAAGUCUUCAGAUCUUUGUGGCCAAACGACAUCUUUGGAAACGAAUCGGACAACGCGGUCCAGACUCUUCUGCACAUUUACUUUCGGCACCAGACGCUAGGCCAGACGGGUUGCCUGGCCGUGGUGGGGCCCAGCAGGGACCUGUCCCAGGCCAGCGCUCGCCUCAUGGAGCUCAACCUGCAGAUCCGCGAGGCUCUGAGCCGGGCUCAGGCCCCACCCACCAUCAUCAGCACUGGGCUGUAGGCCUCAGGACACUGGACUGGACUUAAGAGCCCCUGUCUCUGGACAGACAGAGGGCUCAGGAGGGACUCCACUUUAAAGGGCUAAAGGAUUUGUGGGAAUAUCUGACUCUUCAUCUGUAUCAUUACAUGUGUGAGCAAGUAGAGCUAAUAUUGUUUCCCAGACAAGCCAAUCUGCAAAAUUCAGUUGCAAUAAGUUGUUGUAGAGUGCCUGAAAAGGAGGAGACAGGAUGCACUGCUCCUGAACUCCUUUAGUUUUUGCUGGAUCUGCCCUGGGCCUUCUCACAGACCUAUGGGCACAGAGAGGCCUUAGGUGGACAGGGCCAAAGGAGGCGUUAGGAGUCCAACAGAGAAUCUUUUAGUUUUCAAAAGCAUGCUUGAAAGAGAAGAUUGCUGCAAGAAUAUUUUUUUGAGAAAUGUAUUUUUAUUAGAGCUAACAUCCUAGGUUGUAAAUGUUAGGUUAUUUAACAUGUAUUGAACCCUGUGGGGAUGUCCACCCUCAGGGAUUGUAAAAAGAGAAAUAUAUGGUCUUUGGAUCUGCUGCAACAGGUCCAGACGCAAAACUUACUCUUUAACCAAAUAAGUAGCUGCCUUUAGUCCCACUGCGCGCUGUAUAUGAGAUAUUCCUGUAUACGCGCACUGAUGCAUACAGACUGGCUACAACUCAUUAUGGAAACAUAACUUAUUUUACUCUGUAUAUAUUUUAGAAAUGUAUAGUGUGUAUUUUGUGUAAUGCACUGUUAUAAAGCCAAGGAGAUGAGAGGAAGUCAAGACCACAUUUAAGUCUUUAAGUUUUUGCUUUUUCAUCCAACCACAAAACCACAAAAAUCACCUGUCAGUCUUGGUUAUGGGUUGUGGUCUGUGGGGGUCAUAGCACAUAUGGGAUUAGCCUUCUGGGCUUGUGUGUGGCAUAUAGACUCCAGUUGCACCAAAUCACGAAACCACGUCCUAUGCAUUCCUUCUGUCCACUGUGAUUGUUGUCCCUGGCAAACCUAUGUAAAGCUUUGAGAGGUGCGUGGGUUAUUGUCUCUGUAGGUUGACCACUGCAGGCCCCCAAUGUCAUGUUGAAAUCAAUGUGCUCCAAAUGGCCCAUAGUGCUGCUGUGACUGCUGGACUUAAACCCAAAUGCUUUCUAGAAAUUGCGGCACAUGGUUGUCAGUCACUGUACUCAUUCCUCAGCUUUUUCUGGCUUGUUUGGUACAUAUGAAUGCUGUUCUUAAUUAUUUAAUGAAAUUAUUUACCUGGAAGAUGCAUUAAUGUAGAGGUGCAUUAGUUUUUCUUCACUCACAUACCAGCCUUCUCUGGAUAAAUAAAAUCUAAUAAAUUAAAU